AUGGCGAAAAUCGUGUUCAAAAUCAAUGGGAGGCAGUAUGCAGCCGACGGCAGAUUUGGUCCAGAUGUUUCUCUCAAUGAAUACAUAAGGACAGUAGCUGAGCUGCGAGGUACGAAGGCGAUGUGUCAUGAGGGUGGAUGCGGCGCAUGCGUUGUCGCCGUACGCGCAGCCCUACCUCCCACGAACGAAGUCAAGCUAUUUUCAGUAAAUUCCUGCCUCGUCUCAGUGCUAUCCUGUCACGGUUGGGAAGUAAUCACAGUUGAAGGGAUUGGCAACAAAAUAAAAGGGUACCACGAGCUUCAGGGCAGGCUGGCCAAGUUCAAUGGUACCCAGUGCGGGUUCUGUACCCCAGGAUGGAUCAUGAAUAUGUAUAGCAUAUAUGAGGCAAAGAAAGAUAACUUGACCAUGAAGGAAAUAGAAAAUUCUUUUGCUAGUAACCUCUGCAGAUGCACUGGAUACAGGCCGAUAGUGGAAGCAUUCAAAACGUUUGCUAAUAACACAGACGAGAAACUCAAAACCACUUUACUAGAUCUAGAAGAUUUGGACCUUUUCAAAUGCUGUGGAGUGAAAUGCGACAAAAAUUGCAAACACAAAACUAAAAAUCUUGACCAAAGUGGAUCGAAAGUGGAAACUCAUAGAAGUGACGAAUGGUGUGUUAUUGAGAAAAGUUUUAAUAAAAUGAUAGUUGUUGACUGCGGUAAACGCAAAUGGUUCAAAACUUACACAUUGGAAGAUGUCUUUAAAGUUUUAAGGAAAAGCUCUGAUUACAAAUUGAUUGCUGGUAAUACAGGUCAAGGUGUUUACCAUGUGACUGAUUAUCCGCCAAACUUAAUAGACAUUUUCAACGUAGUUGAACUCAAAGGUCAUACGUUGGAUGUUAAUUUAAUAAUUGGAGCAGGAAUGCCUUUAUCAGAAAUGAUGGAGCUAUUUAUAGGAAUAUCAGAGAAAAAUGAGGACUUUCAGUAUCUCAAAGUGUUGUAUGAUCAUUUGGAUUUGGUUGCUCAUAUCCCGGUUAGAAAUAUCGGUACAGUAGGUGGGAAUUUAUACCUGAAAUACCUAAACAAUGAUUUUCAAUCUGAUUUAUUUCUGCUUUUCGAAACUGUUGGCGGUAUGAUAACAGUCGCUGAAGCCGUGGGGGUAACGAAAGUAAUGUCACUCACAAAUUUCUUGAAAACUGAUAUGAAGCAAAAAAUUAUUGUCAACGUUAUGUUGCCUCCAUUAGCGGCGAAUAACAAAAUCAAGACUUACAAGAUUAUGCCUAGAUCUCAAAACGCACAUGCAGUUGUCAAUGCAGGAUUUUUGUUCAAAUUCAAACCGAACUCCAAUUUAUUGGAGAAGGCUACAAUUGUGUAUGGAAGCAUCUCACCCAAAUUUGUCCACGCUAAGAAGACAGAAGAUAUUUUGGUUGGGAAAGAUCCUUUUACUAAUGAGACAUUGCAAUUAGCUGUAAAAGUACUUUAUAAGGAAGUCAAACCUGAAGAAGCACCACCAGAACCCUCUGCUGCUUACAGAAAAAUGUUGGCAGUUACUUUAUUUUACAAGGCAAUAAUAAGUCUUUGUCCUGAAGAUAAAAUAGAUCCAAAGCUAAUAUCAGGAGGAGAAGCUAUAAAGAGACAUGCAUCAACUGGGACUCAAACGUAUGACACCGACAAGAGUGUUUGGCCAUUAAAUCAGCCGAUACCAAAGUUGGAAGGGCUGUUACAAUGUAGUGGUGAAGCCUCAUUCGCUAAUGACCUGUCAAAAGAACCAGACGAAGUUUUCGCAGCGUUUGUGACAGCUGAUGAAAGACCGGGCAGUAUUAUAGAAGAUUUUGAUACCACUGAGGCUUUUAAAAUUCCCGGCGUCAUCGCAUUUUACUCGGCGAAGGACAUUCCCGGAGAUAAUACGUUUACGCCAACCAACUGUCCUCUUAUACGAGUAAAUGAAGAAUUACUGUGUUCAAAACAAACAAAGUUUUAUGGAGAUCCAGUCGGAAUAAUAGUAGCGAACAGAGAGAAAACUGCUAACAAAGCUGCGAAACUUGUUAAAAUAAAAUAUGCAUCUAUCAGUAAGGAGAAGCCUUUAUUAAAUAUUGAUGAUGUUUUGAAUUCUAGUGAGAAAGACAAAAGGGUAACUAAUGAUAGGAUAGUGAAUCCUGAGGAUGUUGGGAACGAUGUGAAAUAUAUCAUUGAUGGUGAAUAUAAGUUGGGUUCUCAGCAUCAUUUUUACAUGGAACCUCAGACGUGUGUUGUUCGUCCAACUGAAGACGGUUUGGAAGUUUUCUCUUCGACACAGUGGCUUGAUCUGACUAACGUUGCUAUCGCUCAAUGUUUGAAUGUACCAGUGAACAGUAUCCAAGUGAUAAUUCGAAGAGUGGGAGGUAGUUACGGAGGCAAGAUAACCCGGUCCUGUCAAAUAUCCUGUGCAGCAGCCUUAGUGGCACAUCUUCAGGGGAAAACAUGCAGGUUUAUUAUGCCAAUGGAGACAAUGCUAAAAAUUAUUGGGAAGCGUCUACCUACCAGCUGUAACUUUGAGGUUGGUGUCAACGAAGGAGGUGAAAUCCAAUAUCUUAAAAACGUAUUUUACCAAGACAAUGGGUGCUCCGCUAAUGAGACAAUCAGCAGCAUUACUGUUAAUCAUUUCUUUAACUGUUAUGAUAGACGCAGAUGGUAUGUUGAAGCCAACAGUGUGGCUACAGAUACCCCUUCCAAUACUUGGUGUAGGGCACCAUCAUCCAACGAAGGCAUAGCAAUGAUAGAAUACGUAAUGGAAAAAAUUGCACACAAAAUAGGCAAAGAUCCUUUAGAGGUUAAAUAUGUAAACAUGGCUAAAGAAGACAAUCCCCUACCAGACUUAAUAGAUCAUCUGAAAAGAGAUUCAAACUAUGACGAGAGACUUGAAGAAGUUCAAAAGUUUAAUAGUGAUAAUCGUUGGAGAAAGCGAGCGUUAAAAAUAAUGCCUAUGACUUAUGAACUGUUUUACAUCGGUCCGUACAAUUCCCUCAUAUCAAUAUACCACGCUGAUGGUUCAGUGAUGAUCACACACGGUGGUAUUGAAAUGGGUCAAGGUAUCAACACGAAAGCUGCUCAAGUCUGCGCCUUUGUACUCGGGAUCCCUUUAGAAAAGAUUAGCGUCAAGCCGAGUUCUAGUUUCACUUCACCAAAUUCGAUUACAACAGGAGCCAGUAUCGGUAGUGAAAGUGUAGUGUUCGCUACUAUGAAAGCUUGUGAAAUACUUUUGGAGAGACUUGCUCCAGUCAAAGAAAUGUUACCAAAGUCUUCAUGGGAAGAUAUUGUAGAAGCAGCGUAUAAAUUAGGUGUUGAUCUGCAAGCUUCAUACCUGUGUUCCGCUAAAGAUAACUUAAAGGCGUAUGAUAUUUAUGGAGUGUGUGCUUUAGAAGUAGAAGUUGAUAUUCUAUCAGGGAACCAUGAUGUUAGAAGAGUAGAUCUCUUGGAAGAUACUGGAAGAAGUUUAAGUCCGAAAAUUGACGUUGGUCAAAUUGAAGGUGCUUUUGUCAUGGGUCUUGGCUACUGGACUUCAGAAAAAAUUAUUUACGAUCCGGAAACUGGGAAACUUCUGACUGAUAGAACUUGGAACUACAAACCUCCUGGAAUCAAGGACAUACCAGCUGAUUUCAGGGUUUAUUUCCGUAGGAAUGCAAAAAAUAAAUUUGGUGUACUGCAAUCAAAAGCCACUGGUGAACCAGCUUUGUGUCUGGCGUCAGUUCUAACCCACGCUUUACGAGAUGCAAUAAGAUCUGCUCAUUUGGAUGCAGGGUACGACGAUACUUGGGUGGAUAUCCAGCUAGUCAGCAUCAUGCUGAUGCCAAAAGAGCUGAAGUACGCUGCCAUUGCUGGCGGGGUGGCGCUGUUUGGACUUAUAUUUGGAUGGGUCCUGUUCCCUACUAUAUUGAAGAGCCAGCUUAAGAAGUUUUUCAAGGAAAUGGCCCUAUCAAAGAAGACCGAUGUCCGUCAAAUGUGGGAGAAAAUCCCUUUCGCUCUGAAUUUCAAAGUGUAUUUGUUUAACUACACGAAUGCUGAAGAGGUGCAGAAGGGAGCCAUACCUAUUGUCAAGGAAGUUGGCCCUUACCACUUUGAUGAAUGGAAAGAGAAGAUAGACAUCGAAGACCAUGAGGAAGACGACACGAUUACAUACAAAAAACGUGACGUAUUUUACUUCAACCAAGAGCUGUCUGGACCUGGACUCACUGGAGAAGAGACUAUCGUCAUGCCGCAUGUGUUUAUGCUGGGUAUUGGCAUCACAAUCCACAGAGACAAGCCGUCAAUGCUAAACAUGAUUGGCAAAGCUAUCAACGGGAUCUUCGACAACCCUCCGGACGUUUUCCUCAGGGUCAAAGCCUUGGACAUACUGUUCAGAGGCAUGAUAAUCAAUUGUGCGAGGACUGAGUUCGCUCCGAAGGCCACUUGUACUGCUCUGAAGAAGGAAGAAGUCAGCGGGCUGGUCGUUGAACCUAAUAAUCAGUUUAGGUUCUCGCUUUUUGGAACGAGAAACAACACAAUUGACCCUCACGUGAUCACAGUAAGACGAGGCAUCACGAACGUGAUGGAUGUUGGUAAAGUGAUAGCUAUCGACGGUAAUACGGAGCAAAAGGUUUGGAGGGAUACUUGCAAUGAAUUCCAAGGGACUGAUGGUACUGUGUUCCCGCCUUUUCUGCAGGAAACUGAUCGGAUUGAAUCUUUCUCUACUGACUUGUGCAGGACUUUCAAGCCAUGGUACCAAAAGAAAACUUCAUACAAAGGCAUCAAGACGAACCGCUACAUAGCGAACAUUGGUGACUUCGUCAACGAUCCUGAAUUGCAAUGCUAUUGUCCAUCUAUUGACAAAUGUCCCCCAAAAGGCCUCAUGGAUGUCAACCCUUGUUUGAAAGCUCCUAUGUAUGUGUCAAUGCCUCAUUUCUUGGAUGCCGAUCCAGCUCUUCUGCAGAACGUGAAAGGACUCAACCCUGACGUUAAUGAGCAUGGAAUUGAAAUUGAUUAUGAGCCGAUAACUGGCACUCCAAUGGUCGCCAAACAAAGGAUCCAGUUUAAUAUACAGUUACUGAAAACCGAAAAACUAGACCUCUUUAAAGAGCUGCCCGGGACCAUUGUUCCAUUAUUUUGGAUUGACGAGGUGAUUUCUAUUGUUUUGUUUCAACUUUCGAAAUGUUAAUAUUUGCAACGGAAGUUCGGACAGUGGAUAUUUCAGUUCGAAUGCAAAUUUGUAACUGGUUUUUGUUUCUUCGAAUAAAGUUUUAAAUCCAAUACUCAGUAAUUUAAAAAGCAGAACUUUUGCCAUUAUUGCAUCUCUCUCGUUUCCACAUAACGUGUGGCAUAAACAUAUCACUAAAACUUGUGAACUUUCUUGGUUUAGUUUCAUACUUUUUAAUUUGAAUUUUGCAGGGCCUGGCACUAAA